AUGUCUAGUGCAGGGAAGAUUCCCACUUGUGCUAAGUGUGGGAAGAUGCAUACAAGUGUUUGUAGACUGGGGCAGAAUGUUUCCUUCAGUUAUGGUCAGGCGGGACACUAUUCCAGGGAGUGCCCCAAGAAGGCGGGGCAAGUUGCAGCCAUUCAGGCGAUUCCCAUUCAGUCUAUGCCUACUCAGAGAGCCAUAGAGGAGCCUAUAGCGCCCACUAGUGCUAGGGUAUAUGCAGUGACACAACAGGAGGCAGAGAGGUCUCCAAACCUUAUCAAAGGUACUAUUCUUAUCAGAGGAUAUGCAUUCAAUGCCAUGUUUGAUUCUGAAGCUACCCACUCCUUCAUAUCAGAAUUUGUUGCUAAUGGAUUACAUUUGCCCAUUCAUGAGUUCACGCCUCCCAUGGUAGUGAAGACUGCCAUCAGAGACAUUGUUUCUACUUCUUUGAAGUGCAAAGAAGUCAGAUUCAUAUGUGAGCAAGAAGAGUAUAUGGUGGAUUUGAUAGUGCUUGAAGGCAUGAAUCUACAUAUUAUAUUGGGUAUGGAUUGGCUGGUCCGGUAUGGUGUGAUGCUCGCCUGUUGUAGCAGGAGAAUUUUCUUUUCUUUAAAAGGAGAGAAGUCGGACAAUUUGUACUUGACGGCACCGCAGUUAAAUAAGGCUCUAGAUGAGGGAGAUGCGGGAUAUAUUAUUCUGGGAGGACUCGUAGGAGACUCCAAAGAACCUACUGCUAAUAUUCCAGUUAUGUGCGAGUUUGAAGACGUAUUUCCGGAAGAAAUUCCCCAUUUUCCACCUGAGAAGGAGAUUGAAAUCUCAAUCGACUUAGUACCUGGUGUGGGGCUAUCUCAUUGGCUCCAUACAGGAUGUCACCAGUGGAGCUAG